AUGCCUGAAUUCAUACCCGAUUAUUCAAUUGAUGAAAUCGAUCAAGCUUUAAAUGAUGCUUUAGCUGAAAUAGAUCAAAACCAUCCAAACCUAGAGGAAACUCAGAGGUUUCAUACAAUCAAAUCAGAAUUGAUCACACCAGCUUCAUCUGAAUGUAAUUUCAAAAGUGAAAAGACAUUAAUGAAUAACAAGGAACGUCCAUUAUCACCAGAAUCAUUUCUUUCAGAUUCAUCGGUUCUAAACUCACCAUUACUAGAGUCUAAGUCACAAUUAGAUCAAUCUCAAGUUUAUGAAUCCAUAGCUUCAAUUAAAUCACAAAUUAUUAGUUCUCAUAAUUCAAUUCUUACAUAUCAAACUUUGAAGAAUGCAUAUCAAACAAAAUGCAAAGAUUUAGACAAAGUUAUGAAGGAGUUGAAAAAAUCAGAGAUGCUGAGAUUAAAAUUGAUGGAGGAGAAUAAACAUUUGAAAAAAAUUGUAACUUCAUCAAUUGUCAAUGAGAAGGCCAUCAUCAAGACAGAUCAUUCAUCAUAG